AUGGCACCGUCUUUCGACUUUUCAUCUGGCCUGCCCGAGUGCGCUGACAGUCUGCCGACUGAUGUACCUGUGCUAAUUGUUGGAGGAGGCCCGACUGGCCUGCUGCAAUCGCUCCUUUUGUCUCGACUCGGAGUACAAUCACUGAUCAUUGAACGUUAUGCUGAGCGGUUGGAGGCGCCCAAAGCCCACGCGAUCAACCCGCGCUCCCUAGAGAUCAUGCGUCAAUAUGGCCUGGGUGAGAAGCGAGUGCGCCAAAUAGGCACAUCGCGAGACGAUAGCCAUUGGGUCAAUUUCCUCACUAACCUCAAUGGUGACUCGGUUGGGAGGUUGCCUUAUGAGCGUAUGGAUCCCGGAGUCUUGGACGACACUCCAGUGAUGAUUCACAAUAUACCUCAGCCAGCUCUGGAGCAGGAGUUCACAAAGUUUAUUGAGCAAGAUCCCAACAUCACUCUGCUGAAAGGAUUCAGUAUUCAUGGAGUAAAGCAGCCGAAGCAGACUGAAAAAGAAGUCGUGGCCACCAUUGAGGAACGAGCAACAGGAUACCUGCACAAAACAAGAUCACGACACCUUAUCGCUUGCGAUGGUCGCAGAAGCAAGGUCCGUGAGCUGCUCGACAUUCCAUCUGAAAGCGAGGAUUCAGAUCAAACGAUGAUGACCAUCCAUUUUAACGCAAACCUUCGGCCAGUGGUUGGUGAUCGUGUUGGUAUGCUUUUCUGGAUUAUUGACCCAAUAUCCGCUGGAUUCAUCAUUGGUUACGAUCUGGAUGGAAACCAAGUCCACAUCAGCCAAGUGGAUGUAGAGCAGCACCCAGUUGAGUCGUGGACUGAGGAAAUGUGCAAAGCCAAAAUCCGCGGAGCUAUUGGGAAAGACGAUGUUCCGUUUGACAUCCUGAGCUACCGACCUUGGGUCUUCAGGCGGCAGGUUGCUGUGACCUUCCAAAAGGGGAAUGUUUUCCUUGCUGGUGAUGCUGCUCAUUCAUUCCCACCAACUGGUGGCCUAGGAUUAAACUGUGGAAUUGCGGAUGUGCACAACCUAGCUUACAAAAUUGCUCUCGUUCAUCAAGGAGUAGCGAGCCCGACUAUACUCUCGACAUAUACAGCUGAACGACGCAGUGUUGCCGAAGCCUAUUCUAGGCAGAGCGUCAAGAACGGCAAAGAGAUCUUUAGUUUGCUACAGAGCCUCAAAACCGCUGGCGUCGAGGACGUUACCCAAGCUCGCAAGAACAUGGUGGAAGUAUUGGCAGAUCCAGUGCAACGUGCAAAGGUUGAAGAGGGAAUUGAAGGACAGCGUGAACAUUUUGACAAUCUUGAAUUGCAUAUCGGAUAUGUCUAUGGAGCUAGCAAGCCUCCUGCUCACGCUUCGUUCUACUCUCCGAAGUUUGUUCCCGGUGCACGAUUGCCUCAUGCUUGGAUCAAAUUCCCAGAAGCGCAAACAAACAUCGGAGACAUUCAUCAAGAGCCAAUUGACGUCUCUUAUGUGAAGGAACUGAGCGAGGACCAAGUCAAGGCUUUCCAAUGGAGCACUCUGGAUUUAUGUGCGCCUGACUCCUGGACUUUAAUACUCGGACAAGAUAAGCCAAGCUUGCAAACCACCCAGUUCCAAGAGCACUGCGAAGCCAUCAAGGUGAAACUCACUAUUUGGCGCGCCGGUCUUGACUUUGAUACAAUAGACCAGAGCUGGUUUGCGGAUGAGCUGAACAACCAGGGUGGCAUCUUAGUUCGCCCGGAUCAGCACAUCUUCAUGAGGGUCAGUUACUUCACCACUGGGGAGGAUCUGAUCAUAGGGCUGAACAGGCAUCUUGGCUUGUAG